UAACCACAUGUUGGCUACCAUGGCCUUGAGGCACUGUAACCUUGUGAGGAUUCACAGAGAGUCCCUGGUUUUGUCCCGUUAUCAGUGAAUGCAGACGGAAGAACUACAGCCAUGACCGGUCUCCUUUUGGUCGCUCUCGCCGUCAUAGUUGCUGUCAAUGGUCAGAACGGAAACGACUUGAGCCGCUGCCCUACCAAUCUGAAACGCAACCGGUACCUCUACAGCCAUGGCGAAUACUGUUACGAAUUUGCGGUCUUCGAACACCGGUACUGGAAAGGCGCCAGAGACUACUGCGUGGCCGACGGCGGCCAUCUUGUGAAGAUUGAUAACAUGGACAAAGAGUUAUUCAUCGUCAGCACCCUCACUCACCUGGGCUACCAUGAAAAGGGCAUAUGGAUAGGCCUCAACGAUAUACAGCAAGAGGGCAUAUACAGAUGGGCGAAUGGUGAGCCGGCAACGUUUACGUACUGGGGACCUGGGGAGCCGAGUUUUUUCCACAACGUUGAGGACUGUGUGGCUCUAAAGGUGUCGAAUUCAGGGCACUGGGCUGACUUUCCCUGCGAGCUGAUUUCCGAUGCUUUUGGAUCUAUCUGUCAAUACGACAUGCUUCCCAAACCUACCGAUGACCCAGGACUGAUCCUAGGUGCGGCAACAACUGAUAGGACUCCGGUAACACAUGCUAGCGCCGGACCUAUUACGGACUUUAUACAAACAACUGUUGCACCGGCCGUCAACGAAACAAGUAAUCAAGCCGUAGUCGGUUGACCAUACAUCGCCCUCUUACACAUUCAAGCUUGUGCGUCAUUGAAAAAUUAAACAAAUCUUGAUAUUC